GGAUUAGGAGCGCGGUUACACUUGCGACAGCUGCCCGCGUGUCUCCCCCGCUACAGAAGCAGCGCAAGCUGCUCCCGCUGCUCUUUCUCGGCAUUUUUAUCGAGCCUUGUUCCUCCCCUCCCUCUGUUUCUCUCUCUGCCCUCCCCACAGCUCCACGCCGCUCCUCUCCAUGCUUGCCUCGUCUCUCGAGAAGAACCACAGCCGAGUUUUCCCUGAGCAGCCCCGGGAGACUUUUCCUUUCCUGAGCCAGCAGAAGGCAAAGGGGGGCUGGGGAGGGCAGCUGGAAGGCGGCCAAGCCUUGUGGCAGUGCUGAACCUGCUGGGAGAGACAGCGGGCAGGGGAGGGACUUUGUGUAGAGGAGAGAAGGAGAAAAGAAACUUGAAACUGGCUUCCCUUGUGACAUGUGUGUGUCCCGGCCAUCCCCUCCCACCGCGCUGGGAGCUCAGUGAGAGCACGUGAAGAACAUGAGGUUUCCUGCUUGAGAGGGAGGGCAGCGCCGGGGAGAGAGGGAGGAGGAGGAGGAGGAAGGCGAGUUGUGGCUUUGUGGUGUGGUUUACGCCGAGAUCAGAGCUACAAGUGCCGGGGGGGGGUGGGAGCAGAAGGAGAAAGGGCGUCUGAUGCCAGCUGCCAACAUGACAGAAACGCUGCAGCUCCCGGCGCUGCGGGUCCCCGAGCAGCAGGUGCUGGAGGGCGGCUGCGCCUGGUCCAGCUCGUCCACCCCGACCCUGCGCAGGAAGCGCUUCAAGAUGAGGCGGAUGAAGAACGUGCAGGAGCAGAGCCUGGAGGCCGGCAGGUACCAGGAGUCUCCUUCCUCCAGCAAGGAAUACCUGCAGCUCCCAUCCAUUGAGAUCACCCCCUCCAGUGACGAGGACACCCCCUGGUCCAACUGCUCCACUCCCAGUGCCUCCCCGCGCCGCAAGCGCUUCCUCCUUCGGAAGUGGCUGCGCGUCCGAGAGAAGAAGGAGUGCAGUGAGAGCAGCCAGCAGAGCAGCCAGCAGAGCAGCCACGACGAUGACUCUGCCCGGUUCCUGAGCCCCUCCAUGCCUGAGGACAGUACCGCCAGUAACUCCAACCGCAGCACGCCCGCCUGCUCCCCGAUCCUGCGCAAACGCUCGCGCUCGCCCACGCCGCAGGACGCCCCGGGGGACGCCAUGGUGGAGAAGGGCUCCGACCACUCCUCGGACAAGUCGCCCUCCACGCCGGAGCAGGGUGUCCAGAGGAGCUGCUCCUCGCAGUCAGGCCGCAGCGGGGCCAAGAACUCCAAGAAAAGCCAGAGUUGGUAUAAUGUGCUGAGCCCCACCUACAAGCAGCGCAACGAGGAUUUCAGGAAACUCUUCAAGCAGCUCCCGGACACCGAGCGCCUCAUCGUGGAUUACUCAUGUGCUCUCCAGAGAGACAUUCUCCUGCAGGGCCGCCUCUACCUCUCCGAGAACUGGAUCUGCUUCUACAGCAACAUCUUCCGCUGGGAGACCCUGCUGACAGUUCGCUUGAAGGACAUCUGCUCCAUGACCAAGGAGAAGACAGCACGGCUCAUUCCCAAUGCCAUCCAAGUUUGCACUGACACUGAAAAGCACUUUUUUACUUCCUUUGGGGCUCGGGACAGGACGUACAUGAUGAUGUUCAGACUCUGGCAGAAUGCUCUGCUUGACAAGCCCCUGUGCCCCAAGGAGCUCUGGCACUUUGUCCACCAGUGCUACGGCAACGAGCUGGGGCUGACCAGCGACGACGAGGACUACGUGCCUCCUGAUGAUGACUUCAACACCAUGGGCUACUGCGAGGAAAUCCCCGUGGAGGAGAAUGAAGUCAACGACAGCUCCUCCAAGAGCAGCAUGGAGGCCAAGCCAGAAGCCAGCCCUCAGCUGCCAAAGAAAUCUGUCACUGCCAGCACCCUGACCUCCACAGGCAGCAGUGAAGCCCCAGCCUCGUUCGAUGGCGUGCUCCCAGAGGAGGAGGAGGCAGUGGCAGAGAGUCCUGUGGAGAAGGACCUUGGCAUUGCCAACAUCAUGGGAGAGAAGAUCGACAUCAUUGGCCCUGUGAACUCCCCCUCCCUGGACUUCAAUGACAACGAGGACAUUCCCACAGAGCUCAGUGACUCCUCAGACACCCACGAUGAAGGGGAAGUCCAAGCCUUUUACGAGGACCUGAACGGCCGCCAGUACGUGAACGAGGUGUUCAACUUCAGCGUGGACAAGCUCUACGACCUGCUCUUCACUGACUCCCAGUUCCAGAGGGACUUCAUGGAGCAGCGCCGCUUCUCUGAUAUCAUCUUUCACCCCUGGAAGAAGGAGGAAAACGGCAAUCAGACCCGAGUGAUCCUGUACACCAUCACCCUCACCAACCCUCUGGCCCCCAAAACUGCCACAGUCACCGAGACCCAGACCAUGUACAAGGCCAGCCAGGAGAGCGAGUGCUAUGUCAUAGAUGCAGAGGUGCUGACCCACGACGUGCCCUACCACGACUAUUUCUACACCAUUAACCGCUACACGCUGACUCGCGUUGCCAGAAACAAGAGCAGACUCAGGGUUUCCACAGAAUUACGCUACAGGAAGCAGCCUUGGGGGCUGGUGAAAUCCUUCAUUGAGAAGAAUUUUUGGAGCGGCCUGGAAGAUUAUUUCCGUCACUUGGAGAGCGAGCUGACCAAAACAGAGAGCACGUACCUGGCUGAGGUGCACAGACAAUCCCCCAAAGAGAAGGUGAGCAAGCAAUCCACGGUGCGGCGGCGGAAGCGCGCCCACGCCCACCUGAGGGUGCCACACCUGGAGGAGGUGCUCAGCCCCGUGACCACCCCCACGGAUGAGGAGGUUGCCCAUCGCAUCAAGCACGUGGCAGGUUCCACCCAGACACGGCACAUCCCUGAGGAGAGCCCCAGUGGCUUCCACCUGCAGAGUGUCUCCAAGCUGCUCCUUGUCAUCAGCUUUGUUCUGGUGCUGCUGGUCAUUCUCAACAUGAUGCUGUUCUACAAGCUCUGGAUGUUGGAGUACACCACGCAGACGCUGACGGCGUGGCAGGGCCUGAGGCUGCAGGAGAGGUUGCCCCAGUCUCAGACAGAGUGGGCCCAGUUGCUGGAGUCCCAGCAGAAGUACCACGACUCAGAGCUGCAGAAGUGGCGCGAGAUCAUCAAAUCCUCCGUGAUGCUCCUGGACCAGAUGAAGGAUUCUCUAAUAAAUCUCCAGAAUGGCAUCGGGUCCCGGGACUUCGGGUCAGAUCCAGAGGAGAAAAGGAAACGUUUCCAUUGACAGGCAGGAAUGCAGGAGGCCAGAGGACGGUGUGCAAUAUGUGUAAAUAGGAUAUAUAAAUAUAUAUAUAAAUAUAUAUAUAUAUAUACAGAUAUAAAUAUAUAUAUUAUAUACAGAUUUUAAGAGAAAAAAAAGAAAAAAAAAAAGAAAAAAAAGCCUAAAGAGGGGAAGGAGUGACCUCCAACACUGGCUGAACUGGAGGGGCUCUGGGAGUGUGGGGUGUGUGUGUGGGAGGGCUGUGCUCUCCCAGCACUGGGGUGUGCUUAGGGCCGUGCCCAGCUCUGCUCCCUGGGCCCGUGCACUGCUCCUCUGUAAAAUUCCUGUCUGUCUGUCUGUCUGUCUGUUCUGUUUUUGUUGUCUCAAAGGGAAGCAUCAGUGUGAGUGCCCCCCUGCCCGUCCCCAUCCCCUCCCUGUGCAUGGAGGUCCCUGCUGUGCUCUGCUGUCUCCCAGAGGGGACACUGUCACUGUCACCUCCCUCACCCUGCUGCCUGCAGGGCACACGGGGUGGGCAGUCGCUGCCAGUGCCUUGCAGAACUGCUCUGGAGAGGAGGGGGAGCUGCUGUGGCUCUGGGGAGGGCAGAUCCCCCUUCAGGCCCCUCCUGGGAGCAGGAAUUUGCUGUGGCUCUGGGGAGGGCAGAUCCCCCUUCAGGCCCCUCCUGGGAGCAGGAAUUUGCUGUCAGGGUGGCCAGGCUGGCUCAGAGAGCAGAGCUCAGAGGUGACCCAGCUGCAAUCCCUUCCCCAACCCCCUGUGCUGCUCCUGCCCUGGGUGCUGCAGUGACAGCAAGGGCAGUGUGCCUCCCAGGCGUGUGCCACACCUGUGACAGUGUCCCCUUUACCUGUUCUCUGCUGUCCCUGUGCUUGGGCCCCUGCCACUGAGCCAUCCCUGUGCUGCAGGUCUGCACUGGUGCUGGAAUCACCACCCAGGUUUAAACAGAAAACCAAAAUUAGGAUUGAUUUGCAAGCACUCCCACUACCCAGCUCAGCAAAUCUGUCUCCUUUUUGUUCACCCAGCCUUUGUCUUGUAAAAUCUGUGGGGGAAGAAGGGGGAGAAGCAGCAGCUUCCCUUCCUUGCCUGGGAUAAAUUUCCAUAAUUGUAUCUAUGCAGCAACAGCCAUCACUGUGGAUAUUUGUGUGACUGCAUCUGUGGGGCAACAAGGCUUCCAAAAAUCCAGGAGAGGUCAGGAAGGGACACAGGGACCAAGGGAGGACAGGCAAAAGGGCCCAGCAGAGGGUGGCAGGACAGAGCUGGCUGUGGGGCACUGGGGGUGUCCCCAUCAGCUGCAGCACUAGGAGAAGCCAGUGUGCACUUUCUGCUCUUCUGGGGAUAAUUCCAGACUCCACGAGCAGCCAGAUGGGGAGCAGGGGCAGCUUGGCAGUGCUGGGCCGUGCACAAACUCCUCUGGGACUGGAGUGGGGAUGCAGGGUUCCUGAAGGGCUGGAGAAAGGCUUUGGCCUCUUCCCCAGCCAGGUGGAUGAGGGGAGUGUGAGUCCCACUGGGAUUUUUCACCUUCUGGCUGGCAGGAGGGAGGCAGCUGCACGUCCCCACUUUGGAGCUGGUGCAGGUGUAGCUCCUCCAGGAGGAAUAAUUGGUCUCUGUAGCACAGAAUAUCCUCAGUGCAGCCUGAGGAAAGCCCUCUAAGCUCCCACUUCCAGUGGAUGCAGGAGUCACCUGCUGAUUCCUCCCCAUGCCCCACACCAGGCCCCAUGUGCAGGAGCGUGGAUGGAGCCAGGCUGUCAAAAGGACAUUUCAGACUGUGAAAGCAAGCUCCAGCUGGGGAAAACCAGAGAGUAAUGGCUAUUUAUGACUAUUUAUUUCAUUUAAUGCUGCUGACUACUGCACUGCUCCCUGGCUUUUUUCCAGGGAGGCUGCUGCAAUGGCUGCUGUACCAUGAAAUUGAGGUGCUAGGGCCUGGGAAGGGAUUCUGGGGCUCAUUUUCCCCACUGUGACUUGCCAGACUGCCCCAGAGUCCCCCUUCCCUCUCUCACUCCCUCCCACAAUUACUAAGCACACAGAAUUCCCCUGCUGCUGGCAUUUCCCUCUUCUAGAAUUUAAUAUCAAGCACCAAGCAGGACAACACAGAGGAAGCCCUGGGGUCCAGGAGAGAGCCCACUGUGAAAGGGGAACCUGGAAUGGGGGGUCUCCUCCACCUGGAGGCAGAGAAAUCAGAGAGGGUCACAGAUAAAUGCUGUUGAUCAGUGUUUGUUGCUCACAUUCUCCCUGUCAGGGAGGCAAGGAGCCCUUUUCUCCCCCUGACUCCUUUCUCCUGUGCAGGUUUCCAGCUGCAGGCUCAGGAUGUUCCCUCAGGUUGGGCCCCAGAGACAGAACUGCACAAGCUCUGUUAAAUCAGUGUCAGGCAAUCCCAACACUGAUAUUUGUCCUACCUGCACACUAAAGUGUUUUUUUAAUUGUUGGACACCUCUCCUGGCACUCAGCAAUGUGAAAUCCCUCAGUGGGAGCACAAGGGCAGUGGGCACCGAGCAGAGCCUGGUGCUGCAGUGUCCUUCACACUGAGGGAGGUUUCCCUUGGAGGCCUCAGGCCUUUGGUUUUUUUUUAGUUAUUUCUUUUUCCCACUUGGCAGCCAGUCUGCCUUGGAGUUGGAUGGGGUUCUCAGUCUUGUUUUGCCUCUUAAUCUCUCACAGUAGUCACAAAAAGGGGAAAAGCAAGGUCUCAAGGCACUAAGGGUGAGGGUUUAAAGAAAACCUUGGAGUGUUUUCACUUCCUCUGGAGAGCUGGGAUAGGAAUCAGCUGCCCCUGAGCAGUCCCAGCUGACAGGUGAAUUCCUGCUGGAGCCAGAGACAAUUCUGGAUUACAUUUCCUGGAGGGAUCAGUAACACUUGCUAGCAGUGAGAGGCCUGGCUGGUGUUACAGAGGGUGGUGCUUCCCCAGCACUCACAGCCAGGGCUGGCUCCCAGCAGCAGGGUUUGGCUUCUCCCCUUGCUCACUCACCAGAAAUCCCCCUGGAUUCUUUCCAGGUGCAUUUCCCCUCCCAGCCUGACCCUUCCACCUGCACCUCUGCUGGGGUUUGAUUUGCAGGAUCUGAACAACCACCACAACAGGCAUUUUAAAAAUUAUUUUUGUUUUUUAAAAGGCAUUUCUCCAGCCAAGCAUGCAAAAGCAAUGCCAACAGCUUGUAGCCUAAUUCCUGCCAAGGAAGAUGCUUCCUGUUGGGAGGAAGGGAGAAGGGGGAGCAGGAGGCUCUGAUCCACCAGUUUGUGACACAAACCUUGGCACAGCCUCACCCCUGAUAAAUACACACCUUAUCUAGUUUAUCUUAGAGCUCUGGCAGCUGGGGUGAGUGGAUUGGAGUCCUGGCUCAGUGCUGUGCAGCCAGGCAUUCCCUGAGUGCAUACCAGAGGUUUCUGCCUGUGCAGCCCCUGAGGGACCAAAACCCAGGUGAUUCCAGGUGCUGAGCUGCCCAGGGCAGGGGCACUGCUGGGCCUGCACCCUCCAGGGAGUAAAUGUGGGAAAAUAAAAGGCAGAGAGGCACUCGCAGUGGAAGGAGCUGCUGGGGGUUGGCAGGAUAAUGAGCUUUGGGGUGCUCUGCACUCUGGGCACUCUUCAGCCACCAGACUGUGCUGUGAACUCAUGCUGACUGACUCUGGCUUGUGCCUGAGCCCUUCCUGCUUCCCUGGAGUCCUUUGGGUGAGGAGAGGAGAGGCACAUGCCUUUGCUGUCCCCUGAGCUGCCUGUGUGACACAGAGGCUGCAUUUACACCUGGGUGACACCUGACCCUGCUUGGAUGCUUCUAAAACAGAAACCUGAGGCACAGGAAACAUCCCUAGGGCAGUAUGACCCUGGGCUGGGAGAGGAAAGGUUCAAAGCACAAGGCUUUGCUGGGUUUGGAGCCCUGAAGGCAUAAAGCUGCCUCUGAGGUAACAGGGCAGGUGCUGGGAGAUCCCCUCUAGGAAUGGUAAUCCUGGAGUGCUAAUCCUUGUCCUUGUCAGGCAGCUCCAGCAGCUCACCUGGCUGUAGAUAAGACAGACUUUUCAGCCUCCUUGGCUCCUCAGCACUGUCCUGGUAGUGACAUAAGAGUCUAUUCUUACCUUCAUGCAAGAAGGUGGAAAUUUCUUUUCCAGAGAGUGGCUGGAGACACUUUAGGUCUGGGACCUGGAGACCUUUUGGAUUUGCUCUGGUGUGCUGCAGGAGCUGUUCUCCCCAGGAGCACUGGCAGGCAGCACCUGCCUUUCCCUUCCCCAGGAGCACAGAAACAAACUCCCAAUUUCCAGCUGGAACUGUCUGGUUCCACGUUACACAGAAAAUCAGGCUAAAAAUCACUGUUUAAAGCAGCAGGGCCUGGCUCGGGGGGCAGCUCUGUCCUGUCUGCCCAGGCAGCUGCUGCCACCCCCAGCUCUUGACAGAUCUGUGCUUUCUGCACUGCCUGCUCAGCUCCAAGGGGCUCUGCCCACGGAUCUCUGCCAGGCUGCCACUGCCACGGCCCAUGGCACAGCCCCCUGGGCUCUGCUUCAUCUUUUCAGCCUCAGCACCACUUAAAGUACCUGCAGGGGCUUGCUUAAAGCACAGCUCAGAACAGAGACUCUGGAACCAAAGCCCCUGAGGGAAGUGGCUGACAGAACACCCGUGCCAGGGUGGUUCCUGUGCCAGGGUGGUUCCUGUGCUCUCUGAGCUCUGUGGCUCUCAGAGCACCUGUGCCAGGGUGGUUCCUGUGCUCUCUGAGCUCUGUGGCUCUCAGAGCACCUGUGCCAGGGUGGCUCCUGUGCUCUCUGAGCUUUGUGGCUCACAGAACACCUGUGCCAGGGUGGUUCCUGUGCCAGGGUGGUUCCUGUGCUCUCUGAGCUCUGUGGCUCUCAGAGCACCUGUGCCAGGGUGGUUCCUGUGCCAGGGUGGUUCCUGUGCUCUCUGAUCUCUGUGUCUCAGAGCACCUGUGCCAGGGUGGUUCCUGUGCCAGGGUGGUUCCUGUGCCAGGGUGGCUCCUGUGCUCAUUUUCAGUCUGUUCCCCACCAGACACGCUCUGAUCUCUGUGCUUUGCAGUCUCUCCAGCACGAGUCUCUCUGUGCCAUAAAACCUCUCUUUUCCCAGAUGUGCACACUGGCCAAAUACUCUCGUGUCCUGGGUGACUGUGACAGGCCAUUCCCUGAUCUAGGCAGCCAGCAUGGGCUUCUCUUAGCAUGGAUCCAUGGCAUGCCAUGCCCUCCUCCUCUCCCACACCUUGUGCAGUGCUUGCUAUGGCUGUUCCCUGUCCCCUCCCACCUCUGCUGCUGGACAAUCACUACCUGUGUCAUAGAUGGUCUGACCUGGUGCUGUCCCUGCCUGCCUUCCCCUCCUGCAGUCUGUGUGCUCUUCAAGUGAAUGUGUUUUAUUUUAUUUUAUUUUAUUCUAAUUUUUUUUCAGUAGGGAAAAGGACUUCCUUCUGCUGAAGGAGUUAUAUUUGCACAUGGCUCGGGGAGGUUCCUCCUCUGGCCGUUUCUGUUACCUCACUCAUUUAGGCCAAUUCCAUUGCUAACGUUUAAGGCCACCUUCCCUGACCCCAACCCUGACAGUAGGUAGGGAGUGAACCCCGAUGUGCAGCUCGGGUUCUGGAGCUGCCCAGUGGAAUUGGGAUUCGGGAGAGCAGCUGUUACAGCUCCAUCCAGCAGGGAGAUGGAGCCUGUGCCAUGCACGUCAUCCCCAUCUCCACGUUCCCACCUCCUGGGAAAUGGCCCUUGGAGAGCAGGGAUGGAGGCACCGACCUGGCUCUGGGCUGGAUGUGGAGGGAGGGAGGAGCAGCAGAGCAGUGGCAGCAUCACAGCCUCCCACGAGCAGCCUGGCACCUCUGGGCCAUCACCAUUCCAGUGGGAUUUCAUCUCCCACCAGCGCUCCAGGGCUGGAGAAAGCUGCUAAAACCCUGGGGCGUGUUCUCCCCACCUGGGUUUUGUUCUCCCCACCCUGGUCCUGCGGUUCCUGUGCACAAGUGAUGACCAGCGAGGGUCUGCUCUCCUCAGCAUGGCACAGGAGCGGCUCCUACAACCACCACAGGCACCUGCUUCCAUGCUGGAAGCCCCUCCAGAGCCCGGGAGGCAGGGGGCUGCUGGCUGAGGUGACUCUGGGCUGGCUGGGGGAAGGAUUGUGGGUUUGUUUUAGGAGCUGUCCCAACCGUCAGAAACUUUGCGCUGUGCGCAAAAAAAAAAAAAAAAAACAAAAGAAAAAACAAGAAACAAACCAAGCUGCGGUUCAAAGCGAUACUGGAACGUGCUGGAAUGUAGGAAUUGUACAGGCUCUGCAGCCAAACUCUGUGUAAGUAGUUAGUACCAUGGAAGUACGGUAUCAAUUAAAAAAUCUAUCCAACAACCA